AACCUUUUCAAUUACAGUCUUCCUUUUGUAAAGUUUUCGUGCCUUUUGUUUCUCAAACCUGAGACAGGGAGAACUGGUAGAAACUGAAAACUCUCUCUUCUAAUCAUCAUCAUCACCACCACCGCCCCUUCUCUUCAACUUCAACGUUGCUGGUUAUCCAAUUCUUUCAACUCUCAAUCUUUGACUCAUUUUUUUAAACUAACUCUACACAGAAACCCCUUUAAACCCCUCUCACAUACUUCUUGCUUUCUGCUCAUUUUUAACCUUCCAAUUCGCUUAUGAUUAGUGUUGUUGGACUCUGGAUUUGAUGAAAUGGGGAGUAAUGGAGUAGAUCAUCCAUUGAAGAACUCAGAAGAGGAAGGAAUCAGCAGCAACCAGGAACUGGAAAAGAGCUUCCACCAGACUGGUGGUGUUGAAGGGUCAGUGACAUUAGAGUUUGUUUCUUUAGAUGAAGAAUUUGAAGCAGGUCCUCUUCAAGAAACACCAACACAGGAGACAGAUUUGGGAAAUACAAGAGCUGAUCCCCUUCAUGAAACAAGAAAACAGGAGGAAAAUUCGGGGCAGCGUCCAUCAGUUCUAGAGAUUUUUCAAUCAAAAGAAUUGAACAUUACCUCUUCCCCUAGACGAGGUUUGGAUCACUGCACCACCGCCCCUGUUCGCGCCCAUAGACAUCCUCUUCUUGAUGACCAUGAUAACAUCAUAUUCUAUAGAUCCAUGACAGAGAAGAAGACCUCAAAGCAUGAGCUAAAAUUGGAUAGACUAUCAGAAAAUGAAAAGCAAAAACUAAUUAUUGAGCUAGUCAAGAUUCAAAAUGAUGGAACAGUGGAAGUUGAUAUAGAAAAAAGUGCACCCGUUGCUUCUGAAUUGCUAGAGCUUUCCUCUGUUGAAGGGGCAUCCUUCUAUGUUGAUGAUAACUCUCUUAGUCCUUCCAAUAAAUCAAUUCCAAGGUUAAAAAUUGCCAUUCUUGUGGUUGGAACAAGAGGAGAUGUACAGCCUUUUCUAGCUAUGGCCAAGAGACUUCAGGAAUUUGGUCAUCAUGUUAGGUUGGCAACUCAUGCUAACUUCAGAAGCUUUGUAAGGUCAGCUGGUGUAGAGUUUUAUCCCUUGGGUGGUGACCCUCGGGUUUUGGCAGGAUAUAUGGCCAGAAAUAAAGGUCUCAUCCCAUCUGGACCAGGAGAAAUAAGCAUCCAAAGGAAGCAGCUGAAAGCCAUAAUUGAGUCUCUUCUUCCAGCAUGCACAGAACCAGAUAUGGAAACUGGUGUGCCUUUUAGAGCCCAGGCAAUUAUUGCAAACCCACCUGCUUAUGGACAUGUACAUGUUGCUGAAGCACUUGGGGUACCGAUUCACAUUUUCUUCACAAUGCCUUGGACGCCGACUUAUGAAUUUCCUCAUCCUCUAGCACGUGUACCACAAAGUGCUGGCUAUUGGCUCUCUUACAUUGUUGUGGAUUUACUUAUAUGGUGGGGAAUAAGAGGACAUAUAAAUAGCUUUAGGAAAAAAAAGCUGAAGCUUCCCCCAAUUGCAUACUUCAGUAUGUAUCGUGGAUCAGUAUCUCACUUGCCAACAGGUUAUUUGUGGAGUCCCCAUCUUGUUCCAAAGCCAAGUGAUUGGGGACCUAUAGUGGAUGUUGUUGGUUAUUGUUUCUUAAACCUUGGGUCAGAAUAUCAGCCUAAAGAACAAUUUAAUGAAUGGAUUCAGAAAGGAACAAAACCCAUAUAUAUUGGAUUUGGGAGUAUGCCUCUUGAAGAUCCCAAGAAAACUACAGACAUGAUAUUGGAGGCCUUGAAGGACACUGGACAAAGAGGAAUAAUUGACCGAGGAUGGGGAGAUUUAGGGAACCUUAUGGAAGUUCCUGAGAAUGUCUUCCUUUUGGAGGAUUGCCCCCACGACUGGUUAUUUCCUCAAUGUGCUGCUGUCGUUCAUCACGGUGGUGCAGGAACCACAGCUACAGGACUGAAAGCUGGGUGCCCAACAACCAUUGUGCCAUUCUUUGGAGAUCAGUUCUUUUGGGGUGACAUAGUACAUAAGCAAGGGCUGGGACCCGCACCAAUACCAAUAGCUCAACUCAAUGUUGAGAGCCUUUCAGAUGCAAUAAGGUUCAUGCUCCAGCCAGAGGUGAAAUCACGAGCAAUGGAACUAGCAAAGUUGAUAGAAAAUGAAGACGGUGUUGCAGCUGCCGUUAACGCAUUUCACCGGCAUUUGCCUCCUGAGCUACCUUUGCCUGCUGCUUCUUCAGAUGAAGAUGAAGGACAUCCCAACUCUAUACAAUGGUUUUUCAUUCAGCUUAACAGGUGGUGCUGCCUUCCUUGCCGUGUGUAGGCUUCUUUGUUGUACCGCUGAGGAUUGUAUAGAUUGAUUCUUUUUUUAUUAUAUUCACAGGCUGAUUUUUGUCAUUACUUUAUAAUAUGAUUCAUUCAUUCCAUUGAAGGGUUAUACUGUGUGGUGUGUAGCAGUUGCAGUUCAAGCUUCAGAUAUGAGGAUAGGUUAAAUAUUUUUGUAACAGUCUUAGGCUUUGUUUGGGGUUAAAUAUUUGUAACAGUGACCUCAUAAAAAUUGAAUGCCAAUAAGCUUAGUUUAUGGAUUGGUUAA